AAGAACAAAAACGGACACGUCUUCGAUUUUCGACGGCCAAAGAAAAGUGGAUCGAUAAAGCAACGUCAAAGGUGGCACGCGUUUGAGAGCGCUUCAAUCAAUCCUUUUGCAUGGAACGUGUAGUAACUAUUAGACCCUGUUGGGUCUACUAAAUUGCUCCUAAUGGACACGCUCAAUCUAUGCUGUAUAGUUUGUUCUAACGGAUCAUUGUGACUAGAGCUCCAAAAAUGAGCUUUCAUGUUUGGCUUAUCAUACCCGUACUUAUUGGAGAGAUAACUGGCCAGGCAUGCUCGAAUGGAAGGCCUAUCCCGGCAGGAUAUACCAAGUUCGCAGGGCAGUAUUACAAACUUCACGACGAUAUUCUCCCUUAUGUGGAUUCCAUGAAAAAAUGCUCCGAAGAAGGAGCGCAUCUACCAAGGUUCAAGACCGAGGUGGACUUUAACGACAUUGCAGCCUUAAGAGCGAAAUCAAAGGAAGAAAUCUGGAUGGACCUCUUCAACAUCAAGCUCCUCCACAAUAAGCCAUAUGAUGGUCAGCUUUAUUGGGGCGAUGGUGAUGUGUUUACCGAAGAGCCUUGGAUGAAUGGAUUUGACGUCAACGAUCCCGCAGUGUGCAUGAGAAUGGCUCGAGUAAACGGCUACACGGGCGAUCGUCCCUGUACGGGGCCCUUUCAGACUCUUUGUCAAUGGGAUUGCGAAGAUCAAGCCAUAAGCCUUACAUCAUGUCCCGGGGGUGAUGAGAUGCCAUCGUUUUAUAAUUACUUUGGAAGCCUCUAUAAGUUCUUGUCCACACCAAACACGUGGGCCGAGCAACGAAGAGCUUGUCAGGCAGAACAGGGAGAUAUGGUGACUUUCAAAACAGCCAAAGAAUAUAUAGCUCUUCUGCAGUUUCAGGGAACAUUCGCCACACCAUUCUUUGUGGGUCUUCAAAAUCCGGAAAAGCAACCUUGCAAGGUUCAGUCCGAGUGCAACAAACUUACAUGGGUUGACGGUACACGGUUUGAAAGCCUGAACUUCCUUCCUGAAGUUAUGCUUCCCAAUGGUAUGAAUGAGGUGGAUGUGGCUGUGGUGUUGGGGACCUCGCAUAAUUUCGAGUUCCACUCCGAUGCAAACAUGCUGCCCGCCCUUUGUCAAGUUCAAUGCACUCGUAAGUGCACAUCGUCACCACCAUCUCCGUCCUCGCAUAUGGUGUCAAACUUUGGAGCUUCAACGUUACCUUCUACUUUGGGGACUCAAGUGACGUACGUUUCUUUAUGAAUGUCUCUUAGUAUGGACAACACUUUAUAAAGUGCAUUCGAAAAUAUUUUGGGAAUGCGUCAUAGUAAUUAUACCCAGAAAAACUGGGACAAAGAAUUGGCGGGCAAAAAAUUGACGGACACCAGAAUUGGCAUCAUAGUAAAUUGAACGGUCAAAGUUAUUGACGACCCAUUAGUUGGGACGGAUGUUAUUGACUUCUUCAAGUAACAAAGGUUUAGCCAAAAAAGGCAAUUCAUUGCCUCCAGUAAGGGCGAUCCGGUCAAAAGUUAAUCCUUGCUGGUUACUUGAACUAAUUCAACGGUAAAAACCAACAUGAUCACGUUGGAGGUGGGACGUAAAGUAUUUUGGUUUUCAAUGUGGGAGCCGAAUUCAAACAUCAAGUAAGGGUUCAAACGUAAUAAAGGGAUCUCUUUGAGACCAUUGCUACAUUCUGGAUCAUGACGGGGUCGCCGUAGGGAAGAUGCGAGCUGGAAUUCGUAUCAUUGCAGAGUUCUGGAGAAGCAAGUGCCCUGCUGGUAAGUUCUGUUAUCGAAAAUCUGCCUUGCCUGAAUUAUUUUCUGAAGAGUCUGGAAAGUUAAUAUUUGCAGUCUAAAACAACCAUUCCUUUGAUCUUACGCGGGGCAAAGAUAAAAACAUUUCAAAAGCAUCAGAAAAGCAGAUCAAAGCAUUGUCCAAUAUCAAUAUGGACUAAAAUAACAAAGACUUGCACGAUUAUUAGAGUGGCUUGUCUUAAAACUUGAGUGUACCUUAUUUUGCAUGGCGUGACUGACGAUAAAGGAAAAGAAAUGUGUUCCGAUGAAUAUGUUGUAAGAAUUUUGUUGGGCGUUCAAUGACUUUGUCCCCAAUUCUCGUGUCCGUCAAUUAUUUGACGCCAAUCAUUUUGUCCCAAAUAUUUUGGGCCCAAGUGGUAUGUCGCACAUUCAUGUUCUUGUACAUCAUUGAAACAAAUCACUUUUUACAACGAAUCCUUGCACGUUGAAUAGAGAUAACUGUACUAAGCUCAACUGUUGGCGAUGAGUUAAGACGCCCAAAUUAUGCACUGUCCGUUAGAGAUGUAAUGGGCUGGAACCCACCUCGAAACUCGACAUCAGUUUGAGGUCGGGGCUCAGCCCAGGGCUCAGCCCAGACCAAACUGCUGAAACGUAUUUGGCCCAAACCAUCUCGAGCUGGUUUAAGGCUCUGGCUCAGCCCAGCUCGAAAUGUCGAGUUAUAUGUUAGCCCAGCUCAUGCUUUCGAGCUGGGUUUAGGCUCUGGCUCAGUCUAGCUCGAAAUCGUCGAGCUAUGAAACAACCCAACUCGAACUCGAUGAGGCCGUGCCUCAGCCCUGACCGAACUCGAUUGAGCGCAACUGUGGCCAAAGCUGGAUUCUUGGACACGGUCGUCUCCUCUCGUCUCGUCUCACCCGUCUCACCACGGUGGUCAAAAAAGCUUAUCAGGUAUUGAGAGAAAUGCGCAUAUCCAUCUCAACAGUCUUCUUCCUUGCAAAAACCAUAAGAAGUUAUUUUGACGUGAUUGAUUUAUUGAAGUCUGGCUCAAAUUUGUCGCGCAUAUGGCUAUUAGUUAACAAGAUUUGCUUGGAUAUUUCUGUUGGAAUUCAAAAAGGCUUUUGAACCACUGUGGCAGUCGUCUCAAUGGUGAGACGAGAGGGGUAAGCUGAUCAACGAAGAAUCCAGCUCAAAGCUCAGUUUGACAAUUUUUGUCUUGAACUGAAAGACAAGCCGAGGAAAUAUUAUGCAUGACAAUGAACGGUCUGUUGCAAUCAACAAUUUGGUUGUUACUCAGUUCCUUAUUCGAGGAAACCGCAAUAAAACCUUGAGUAACAAAUAAGUCAAAAGCACCAGUUUUGCAAAAUUGGCGUGCAAACACUUCAACUCUUCGAUACAAUGAGCUAACGCUACUUCGUCUGUUUCAGUAGGAUUUUACUUCUACUACACGGUGUUACUGACAAUCAUGAUAAUGCCUUUUUUGCAAAUUUCGAGUUUUUGUUUGUAGUUUUUGAUAAAUCAUUUUUUAUACUUUUGGUUAUAAAUGCGAAAUGUCGCAAAAAAAAUAAUCAGUGAAUAUAUGACCACGCUGGGUUGCUGACAAUUUGGCUUGUCUGUGGCUUGUCAAAUUCUCACAUAAAUUAGUUUUGAGCCAGUUCCAUUUUUUUGCGGGUAUCCUUACUGCAACUGAAAUUUGCUGGAAUCGCAGCAAUUCAAAGUAAAAAGAACUGAUAUACAGUAAUUUAUUCUUCGUUUUGAAGUUUUAAAGUGUCAUCUUUAUUUAAGGCAUUCAGCAUAUUUUAUUGCCUACUUCGACCACCUUUUAGAAAUAUCGUUGCGCCUAGAACGACUAGAACGGAGGCAUACUUUGGACGUCUUUAGUGCUGAAUAUGUUGGGUCACUGUAUAGUUUAUUACACUGAGUUAUGUAUUUUGAUUUACGCACCUUGCAUGCGGCUUUAAGCAACUUAGGUUAAGAGUGAGGACAUACGAGCUUGGAACAACCACAUGUUUAUAAUCUACGGAAAGUGAACUGAAAAUAUUCUGUGCUUUUUAUACUUUUGAACGCUGGAGGAGUGCUCAUAAUUUACCAUGAAACAUCAAAUCAAGCCUUCGGAGUCCAAAACUGUCUUGCUUUAAGAAAACAACUCGGUUAUCAAUAUGUUUAUCUGAUAUGUUCAUAAAAUUAUCCUUAGGAAGAAUCUCUUUUAUAUCCAAUUGCCUUGGAGUCUCGCACAAUUUUGGUAUUGUUUUAAAGAGGCGAGACUGUUAGCGCUUUGUCAAUCCGCUUUAACAAUUUGGCGAGGGUAUUUUCAUGCCAUUUAACGCUCAAGCCUCUAACUCCUAAGUACGAGCUUUAGAACUCAGGCCUCUGGACUACAAUGUCAGGAUGCUUCAAAAUAUGAAGAUUUUCCCUUAGAAGUCAAAGAUAUGAGUGUACAUUGAAAUUAGAUUUUUUCGUUGAUGUAAAGGCAAUGCUACAUAAAUUUCUGAGCUCAAAGAGAAAAAAUACCAUGAAAAACAAUAAUUUAGCAAUUUGUUACCUUGAAAACUACCAUGCUACUUCUAUAAAAAUUAAUUAAAACUUUUUUCCUUCUUUUUGUACCAUACUUUACGUUGUACGAGCUUAUCUUAGCUGAUUUUCUUAACUUAAAAAAAAGCUAUUUUGACCAAAAACAUAUUUUUUUUUCCGAUCCUUCGUCAUGUUAGACAACAUAAGCUGAAUCCAGACUUUCCAUACCUUCCCUGACUCACUCUAAAAAAAUAUUCGGAGUUGGACCACUAACCCUCCUUUUUCAACUGAUCAAUUAGGACUUAAUUUUACCAUAAAUUUACCUGAAAUAAAAUGCAAACUUUAUCAAAUACGUGUAAUAUCUGCUAACGACCGCUGUUUGUGUGUUACUGAGUCAGAUGGUAGCUCUCUCGCUUGCCUUGUCACCUGAUGCAUAGAUUUAUAGACGCUGGAUGUCGGACGACCGACCACUCGGUUGGCCAAACAGUACAAUAAACCGGUUUGUAAUCAAUUCCCAGGAGACCAUCCAUGGUACUGUUUUACCAGCCGAGUGGUCGGUCGUCCGACAUUCAAUGUCUAGAAAUCUAUGCCUGAUGAUAGCUAUCUCCAUUGAGGAAAAUUCUCGCUCUGUCAUCAGUCACAUCCAACAUUACUUCUUUUCUCAACCUCGGGAAUGACCGCAGGUUUGCCCAUUUAAGCUCUCGAAGUAGACUCUCUUGCUGAUCUAAGUGAUGCAAAGACGCAAGGACUCAGCUAGCCCGGAAUCGAACCAAGGAUAGCGAAUGGGAAUGCGGGGGCGCUACCAACACAAUCUGCCUGCUAGCUUGACACUGGGAAUGUAAUUUACUGCACUUUGAAUUUCAACAUAACUUCAACCACGAACUUCUAGAGAUGUGGACUGCCAGCGGAAGCCAAAAUUUCGUAUCUCCUAAACCGUUCAUCUUAUUCCACAUAAGCACUUAAUACGACCCCAAGAUCUUGCUCAAAAGAUGAACUUGGCUAAAUUUGAGCCCAAACCUAUGUUUAGGGAACUCAGGUGGUAUGGUCAAAGAAAGUUAUGUAGUAAACAAUGCAUGAAAUUCAAAUGUUCGGCAUGCUCUUGGUCAGCUCAUAGACCACUAGAAAGUUCAAGUGGUCUAUGGUCUGCGACAUAACCUUUUGACAACAUAUUUUUGAAACGAUCCACUUUGCAAGUAAAUGAAAGAAAAAAAGAAAGAUGACCUACCUUUAAUUGACGGGAUCUACGUUUCUUAUUUCAUUACUUUAAUUCGAAGAGUUGCUACGAUCAAGAGCAGGCCAAUUUGACGGGAAGCUCGGUCGCAGUCCAUAUUUCUGGAAGUCCGUGCUUAACCCUUCCAAACAAUUUUCUCCAUCAAACCUAAAAGUAAGUGCCUUCUCCCGCCAAGGAAAAAAAAUACUGAUGUUUGUCUUCAACCUUGGCCAUUGGCAAAAUUUCUCGUCCGUGGUUGUUGUUCGAUACCCGUUAAUGAACUCCCUCUGUUUGGGUGGGUUGGCUCCUGUGAUUUAUCCAUACGGUAGCGCAGUGUCAGCGUCAAUGCUACGAGUUUGGGGUGUUAUUCGCUAUCAUCGUUGGAGAAACUUUGGACUUGAUGGAUUAUUGCCAAACAACCCCGAUUACAUUAUGAAAUGCGUGGAUAUCAUUCCCUUGAUUGUAUUUAUAUACAUGUUGGAAUGCUCAUCAAUGAAUCCAUUAUUUUUAACGAAGAAAAGCUCAAAACGUACACUUAUUGGCGUCAAUAUGAUUUUUCAAUAUGAUCGUCAUGUCACUGGAAUGAUUGCCAAACAGGAUGGAUGAUGAGAAAUUUUGUGACAUCAAGCCAAUAUCUACUAACGCCAAUAUUCACUUAUUAUCCGUUGCAUUGAUAUUAAUGUUAUUGUAUAUGUGAUAUAAAGGUUCUUUUCGCAUCA